GAGUCAACGGCUCUCCGUUUGAGUGUUUGACAGAUGUUCAACGGCUCCAUCCAAAGCCGAGUACCGGAGGAGGGAGAGCCGUGUUGGGAUUAACUCCCCGGCAGAGGACCCAAACAUGUCGGGGGAAAAGGCCACGAGUCCCUGUAACAAGUUCCAAGCCAACAUUUUUAAUAAAAGUAAAUGUCAAAACUGCUUCAAGUCGCGCGAGCUGCAUCUGUUGACCGACAAUGGCAUGGAGCAGGCCAAACCCCUGUAUGGAGGCUGGCUGUGUUUGGCUCCUGAGGGGACAGAUUUUGACAACCCCAUGCAGAAGUCAAGGAAAUGGCAGCGGCGCUUCUUCAUCCUGUACGAAGACGGCAGCCUGAGCUUCGCCCUGGAUGAACUGACGAGCACUUUGCCACAGGGGACGGUGAACUUGAAUCUGUGUACGGACGUCGCGGAUGCGGAGCCCAAGACGGGCCAGAGAAAUGCACUCUGCAUCGUCACGCCGGAGCAGGAAAUAUUCAUCCGCGGGGACAAUAAGGAGAUCAUUAAUGGGUGGACCGAACAGCUCGCCGUCUACCUACGGACUAACAAGCAGAAUCAGAAGAAGAAACGCAAAGUGGAACUUGUUGCCACCCAGGAACCAAGUCCAGCAAAAAUGGCGGCAACCGAUCCAAGUUUUCCUUCCUCGGGGAACGCUCCGGAGUCCGGCUGCGGUCGGGGGCAGGAAGACCCUCAGCAGGGCAGUGGACCGGGUGAAACCCCCAUGUGGACUGUCCUGGACUCAGACCCCCGGGGCCUGGACAAGAAGACCCCUGCAGGCAACACAUCCAGCUACCUGAGCCCCGUCUCCUUGGAUCUCGUGACCAGUGGAAACACAGAGUGCGCCAGUAGAAACCAGUCAAACAACAACCCAACGGCAAACAACCAGAACCAGAGCCAGGACACAAGCCGCGGCAGUCCAACAGAGAGGCUUCUGGGAUGGGAGGCCACCGAGAACGAAGAAGAAGGAACAGCUGUUUCCAGGACGGGCCGGAGUGAAGCUCGCACCAACAAGCGAGAGAAGCUCCAGUCGCCCGGCGACUUCGCCCGGCUCGCCGCACCCCCACCCCAGAGGAGAGCCAAGUCUCUGGACCGCAGGACGUCCGACACCGUCAUGACGCCAGAUUUAUUAAACUUCAAAAAAGGCUGGAUGGUCAAACUGGAAGAAAAUGAGCAGUGGAAGAAGUAUUGGUUUGUGCUGUCGAUGGACAGUCUGAGGUGCUACAAGGACUCAGUCGCCGAGGAGGCUUCAGAUCUCAACGGAGAAAUCGACCUGACGAGGUGUUACAGCGUGUCUGAGUAUCUGGUGCAGAGGAACUACGGCUUCCAGAUCCACACCCCGAAGGGCGUGUUCACGUUGUCGGCGAUGACUUCGGGGAUCCGCAGGAACUGGAUCCAGGCUCUGAUGAAGAACGUGCGUCCAGCCAAGGCCCCGGAUGUGGCCAGUCUCCCUGGCCCGGCUGAAGCUCUCCCCAAACCCGACGUGACUCAGGACUCGGCUGACGACCCUCACCCCAAACGCAGGAGCGUGAUGGAGAGACGGCGUGAGGGACGCUACAAAACCUUCGACUGGGCCGAGUUCAGGCCGCAGAACAAACGCUCUCUGGAUCCCCAGAGGACUAAAGCCCUGUGCUCGCUGGAGUUCGGGGAGCUGGAGAGGAGGAAGAGGAGGGAGGACAGGAGGAGGAGGUACGAGAGCAUGCUGGGCUCCCCUCUGGGCUGGGAGGCGAUCGGAGGCACAACGUCAGGCGUCAGAGCACUGAGUCCCAAGUCCCAGCAGAAAGUGGACGAAGAGAUCGAGGAGUGCUGGAAGCAGGUGGAGAAGACGGUGUUCAGGCUGGAGAGAAACGUGCCGCUGAUCGCCGACGCCAAAGACUCCGUGGAGGCGGAGAGGCUGCUGGACGGCUACAGGAACGGGGUGGAGGAUCUGAAGGCUCAGCUGGCCGAGUCUGAGCGCCACCGACUGGAUCUGGAGGCUCAGCUGAGUUCAGCAGGACUUUACACGCAGCAGCCGGACCCGCCUCGACCUUCCGAAGCAGAUUUCCGCCCGUCGGACGCGAAUGACAAGCCGGCGAACGGCAGCGCGCAGACGCCGGAGGACGCGGGCGAAGAAACCAGAGAGCUUCUUUUAGAACAGCAGAACCGCAUCAACGCGCAGGAGCCGCUCGGCCUCGCGUCGCCUCCACUGACGCCGCAGACGCCCGGCAUCUGGCUGCACGACGCCGAGGGCGGCUUCCAGGCGUUGGGGGAUCUGCUUCCCGGGACAGAAGACGCACCUUUAUUAUUAUCACCGUCUGCGUCAGAGAUCUUGUUUCCUCAGAGCGACGGACAAACCGUAGAUUUGAAGCAAGUUCCCGGCUCGGGGACACAAAUGAGUAACGGUGACUUUGGUUCAUUAAUCCCGGAGACGCCUUCGGAGGGCGACGACGACGACUCGCUCGGCGGCUGCGUUGAGCUUCAUCUACGUCCAGACCGGGCGAUGGUGGGGAGGCUUUCCCAAGAGGUGGAGCUGCUCACGGGCCAGAACGAGGCUCUCAACCGACGCAACCAGGAGAUGCUGAACCAGCUGACGGAGGCAGACCGCGAGAUAGAGAGACUGAAAGCGGAGCUCGGCAGCAGGUACACCGAACCCCGUCACCUCCCCGAGGUGGAACAGCUGGCGCAAACGAGGGUGGAAGAGCUGGAGGGCGAGCUGAGCUCCAGAGACCAGCAGCUCAUGGAGGCCCAGACCAUGAUCGUCUCCCUGGAGGAGAAUCUGAGGGAGAUGGAGGCGCUGCUGCAGCUGAACGCACCGAGAGAAGCGGAAGAAGCGGAGAAUAAGGGAUACCUGCUCCGGUGUUUCGAGGCCACCGAGGCCAAGCUGACGGAGCUGGAGAGGAAGCUCCACCAAUCGGAGCUGGCCUGCGCGGAGCUCGGCGCGCAGAACGCAGCGCUGAGGGAAGCCGAGGAGCGCGGCAGUCAAACGGCCGCGGAGGCGGAGGCCGACAUCAGGAGGCUGAGGGAAGAGUUGGAGGAGGCGAGGCGUAAAGAUGGAGAGAGCAACAGAUGUGUUUCUGGGGAAGAAAGGAUCCGGCAAGUGAUAGAGGGGAUGGUCAUGAGGCUGAAAGCUUUGGAGAGAUUACUGGAGGUGAUAAACAAGUUUGAUUUGGGGUUAAGAAAGGAGGAGGAGGAGGAGAAGACGCCCGCCGUGGAGGGUCAGUUGAGGUGGGAGGAAGAGUUUUGGGGUUUUCUGCUCGACAAGCUGAAGGUCGAUCCGUCCGAGCUCCACGAGGAGAAGCCAGAGGAAGAGCUCCUCAGCGAGGUGACGGAGCGCAUGAUGGCGGAGAAACAGAUGCUGCUCUUGGGGCAUCGGCUGCUCUCUGAGACCUGCGCAGACGAAGGUUUGAAGGAACCGGACGUUAUUUGGAGAAUCGCAAGUGAGACGGAAACCGACGAGAUGGAGGAAAGCAGGAUAUUUGAUUUUGACCACCGGCCGUAUGAGAUGGAAUAUUUCAGAAGCGCCGCGCAGGUGAAGAUCUCCUUGCUGAACCGCCUCGCCUCCUCCGUCGGCGCCUCGGCCCACGACGACCUCCGGCUGACGGCCGACAGGCUCUCCGUCCGGCAUCCCUGGUCCGGUUUCAUUCACUCCGCGGCGACGGAGGCGCUGCACUGCCGCCGCCUGAGCAGGCUGCAGGCCAAAUACGAGCGGCGCCUCGAAGAAACCCAACGGAAACCGCUCGCUCCUCCUUCCGUCUGCAGCGACUGCGUCGCCUUGACGGAAGAAAACCGGGAGCUGAGAGCGACGCUGUCGACCCUCGAAGCGCGGCGGUCGUCGUCGGGCGAUAAGACGAGCAGGUGGAGCCAGACAGAAGAAGCUCAUCGGGACACGAGUGUUCAGGUCGCGGAUAGAAGUGGUGCAGAGGAGGAGGGCGAGAGCCUGGAAGCCCCACUUGGAGGUGAGUUGGUGAUCCAGGAGACGGCAGAUGGAAACACAGAGAAAAGUGACGAGUCCCAAGAGGAGACGGAUGCUUCGGGAGCAGAGGCGGAGCAGCUGAAGGAGCAGCUGAUGGAGCAGCUGAAGGAGCAGCUGGUGGAGCAGCUGGAGGAGCAGCUGAAGGAGCAGCUGAAGGAGCAGGAGGAGCAGCUGGAGGAGCAGCUGAAGGAGCAGCUGGAGGAACAGCUGAAGGAGCAGCUGAAGGAGCAGCUGGCCGUCAGGGCGGAGGAGAUGAAAGAAGAGCUCGAUGGGAGAAUGAGUUCUGUUCAGACGCAACACGAGACGGAGAUGGAGAAGCUGAAGGUCACGUGUGAGCGCGGCUUCGCCUCCAUGGAGGAGUCUCACCUGAAGGUGGUGGAGGAACUGCAGCGUCGACACCAACAGGAAGUGGAGCGCCUCCUGGUGGGAAGAGACGCACUGCUGGAGGAGGAGAGCGCCGCGACUGCAACCGCGCUCCAAGCCAUCACUAACGCCCACCGGCUGGAGCUGGAGAAGGAGGUGCAGAAGAGGUGUCGCUGUCAGGACGGCACGGGAGACGCUCACCUGGAGAACGUCCACAGACAGCACAGGGAGGAGUCGGCGUCGUACCAGCGGGAGCUCGAGGUUUUGUCCCAGCAGUUCUCUCUGAAGUGUCUGGAGAACGGACACCUGGUCCAGGCCCUGGACGCCGAGAGGAAGGCCUUGUGUCAGUGCCAGCAGGAAAACCAAGACCUGAGGACCAGAAACCAGGAGUUGAGCGGUCACCUCGCAGCCGAGAUCACCAGACUCUGUUCUCUGGCGAAGGAGGACGCGCUGCCUCUCAGUCAGGGGAUGGGCGCGUACGAAAUGGAGAUCACCCUGCGAGUGAAGGAGUCUGAGCUUCAGUGUCUGAAGCAGGAGAUCACGUCUCUGAGGGACGACCUGCAGUCGGCGCAGAGGGACAAGAGGAUCGCCACCAAGAAGUGCAAAAGCAUGUACACGGAGCUGAGCAUCACGAGGGCCAAGAUGGACAGAGACACGGACGAGCUGAGGGGAAACCUGAGGCUGGCUCACCGCGCUCUGGACCAGACGUCACCCUGAAAAUGUCCCUUUUUACACAAGCUGCAUUCACUUCACUGUAACACAGAGAACCUUUCCUGUAGUUAUAUACCCACAAGAAGUAUACUUAAAACUAAGAUAGAAUUUAAUAAAUCCGGUUUAAUUCAUUUGGUUUUAUAUAUAUAUAUAUAUAAACAUAUUUAAAACCAAAUAUAUUUAAAACCAAAUGAAUUAUAUCUAUAU